AUGAGCUCGGACUACUCACGUGUGUGCGCGACUGAGAGUGCGUCGGAGUCACAUCCGCCGGCGUACUCGCGCGACGCACUUCAGAAGGAGUUGCACGAGGGCUUCCGAAAGCAGCAGCAGCGAGUUAACAAAAUCCGACAGGUCGAGCAGAUGGCACUCGCCAAAGGCUUGGGCGAGUCGGCCGCCACGUCUUUGAAAGACGGUUUCUAUAUCCCGUAUAAGGUACUGCCGCCUCUCAAGCCAGAGGAGAUGAGGCUGUUUGAGCGGAUAGACAUCAAGAAGUUGUGUCAACGUGCGGAGGGGAAACUAGAGGAGUCUUCCGUGGCUCCUCCACUCACGCUCGGCACGGACCCUGUGGAACACCAGCUGAUGCAGGCAAAGGAGCAUCAAACAUCUACAGAGGCUGGCGUUGAGGACGCCCUGAGCACUUCCCUUUCCUCUAUGGCCUCGUCGCUAGCAGCUCUCGAGGGCAACUCUUCCGAGGAUGUCCGGCAGUUUCUACACCAUCUGCGGUCCACAUCACGUGCCACCUCCUCUCUCCGCGAUGCACGUGCGGAGGUGGAUGACAAUAUUCAGGCCGUAGAGGAGGCGCUGUUACGGCAGAGCUCGCCGCUUUCCUUCGAGGAUCUGCUGGAUACAGCAUCCCGUCUACUGGCCGCGAUGGAGCGCGGUGAACUCACGGAAGAUGUGAUGGUGCCGCGCGGUGCGGAUGUUAGUACGGAGAAGGAUGAAAGCAACGCGGGAAGCCCUGCGGACUCAGCAGAGGCGCCCUCGUCGGCGAGCUGCUCAACAACGCGUGUUCUGCACGGCGCUGUGGAGGUGGAAACGUACACUCGCAAGCAUUUUCUCCCGAAAGCCUACGAGGUGGUCGCCAUUGCGCAUACCGCGGAGUGGAUUCUCCAGUACACAAUGGCCUACCUGCGCACCACCGUGGCCGUGAACCGAGACGAGGCAUUCACUCGCCUAACCCUGCUGGCGCGCUGCGUGCGGCUGCUCGGCGAUAUAGAGAACUUCUCCUCUAUCCUCUUAUCCCUGGAAACCAAGUGCGAGGAGUACGCAGGUUUCAUGGCACUCAAGGACACGGCGGAGGAACACCUGGGCACACUACUGAAUGAGGUGGAAAGCUCGCUGGACGCCAUUUUGAGCGUGCCGUUUCCGUCUCGUCGCGCACGUCUUGUGUUGCUCGAGGGUGGCAUGCAGAAGAAGUUGCAGCGUGCUCUGCUCUUUCUCAAUGAGAUCGACUGCAGCUGGACGCCGCAUGUGCGCUUUCACUGGGCGUGGAAGGUGGAACUGCUCGGCGCGUCGUUUCACCGCAUACAUGGGCUAAUUUCGCGCAAGCACAUGAAGUGCAGUAUGGGUUUCGUGGACGACUCCCUCUACGAGCGGGUAGCGGACACGCGCAUUACCGGUCGCUACAUGGGCGCCUCCCCGGUUCAACCAAAAGUGCUCCGCGCGCAGCAGGUGGAGUAUGAGAAGAUCACGGAGGGUCUCACUUUUCAGCAAAUCGGUAUGUCAAUCAAAGGGAUGGCGAGCCUUCUUGUUGGCGAGCAGCUGUGCAUGGGGGCGCGGUACAUUCUCUGCCAAUCCACAAAGGAGUUCGACCCGGUCUGGGGCUUUCACAUGGAUGAAAUCAGCACAGCACCGACGCAAGAGGAGCUCUCCGCGACGGCGGCGAAGAUAGCGACACAUGCCAAGGACCAGCUCACGGCGCGACCGACCAAGAAAAGAAAAGAGCCCUCUUCCACGACCUUUCUCACUCAGUUGUAG